AUGUACGACACCCGCGCUGCAGACCUGGCCGACUCUGGAGGCUCCGCGUUGGCGACCAAGUCGGGCACGUUUGCGACCGUUACUUCCCGACCAACCGGUCGCCUCAGCGACUCAAUCCUCCCCCUCAAGAUGGCGGCCCCCGGCUUCGCGGUCAGCCCCGAGCCCCCACCGGCGCUGUUCGUGCGCGCCAUGUACGAUUAUGAUGCGGAUGACCACACCAGCUUGAGUUUUCGCCGUGGCGACAUCAUCCAGGUCCUGAACCAGCUCGAGACCGGGUGGUGGGAUGGAGUCAUUGACAAUACCCGUGGUUGGUUCCCCAGCAACUACUGCCAGAUAAUCACGGAGGCCGACGAUUUCGGUGAGCACCUCGGUGAGCACCUGCGGAUGCAGGGCCAUGACGAGGCGGAGAUCAGUGCGGGCUCGGGACUGGAAGAUGAGUACGGCGAGGGGCAUGACGAAGAGGACGAGCUGGACUCCGCAGGCAACCCGCGCGAUUCGCAUCCAACCCUCCCCAUCGAGGGGGUCCCUCAACCCAAGGAGCAGGAAGAGGCGGCAUUUUGGAUCCCGCAGGCGACGCCGGAUGGACGUCUCUUUUACUUUAAUACCCUCACUGGCUACUCGACCAUGGAAUUGCCCUUUGAAAACCCGACUGCGGCCAACGAAAAUGGCCCCUGGGACCGGACCAAUUUUUUCGUGCCCGACCAGACUCGGCCCCCUCCUGAGAUGAUGGCGGGCGGUUUUGAGCGUGUCGAGGACGAGUACGACGGUUCGGCCUCGGAGGCGGAAGGAGAGUCGCUGAUGUUGGCUUCGCACGGAUCGAUUUCUCGCCGGCGCCAGUCCUUGAUGGAUGGCGUGUCUCCUGCCACCUCGAUGGAUUCCUUGUACCCUCCCAAGACUGUCAUGGAUACCAAGGGCUCGGAACAUAUUGUCAAGAGCCACCAGACUUCGUACAGCACCGAUACAACCAGUCUCAACACCUCUACCACCGAAAGCUUCUCCAGACCCUCUAUCUCUUCCAACGCUCCGCAACACUUUGUGGACGAUGGCUUCGCACCACCGGUCACCUGGCCAAUGCUUGUUGAUAACAUGCAAUACGCUGUGGAGGCUUACCGUCAAGCCCUCCUCAAUGGCGAACGUUCAGAGUAUGUGAGGAAGGCCGAAGACAUUUCCGACCAUCUUCGCAUGCUUUUGGCUGCUGGUUCAGAUACGACGGACAAUCACUCUGGCAACCCGUCCAUCAUCUCCACUAAUAAGGCAUUGUAUCCUUACUUCCGGGACAUGAUGUCCAAAUUCUCCAAACUCGUUCUUUCCUCCCAUAUCGCCGCUGCCGAUUGGCCAAGCUCCGACUCGGUGAACAAGUGCUUGCAAGAGGCCGAUGGGGUCAUGCAGGGUGUGCUGGGUUAUGUGGAAGUCGCUCACCAACAACGUGGUGAGAGUAUUCGUCGUGUUAUCCCCGGCUUCGUGAGCGGCAGCCCCUGCGGUGGCAGCUGGCAGAACAAUGGCGUCUCCUUGAAUGCACCUGGCCCGACCUCGUUCUUGGUUCCAGAGGGCGGUGAUUCGCGGGUGGAACCGUCGGUGACUCUUGAUGCUGUUCUGUUGGACCAAAUCGAUGUUCUUCGCAAGUCUCUGGUCGGAAGUAUCCGCCGGCUGGAAGAACAUUUGUCCCUCAACCAGAAGGUUAUCACGAUCGUCGAGCACGAAGAUCUCGCGGACCAGAUCUCUGCUGCAGCAAUCAAGGUCGUCGAACACUUCCGUCCUUGGCUUUCGGCUGUCGAGUCGAUCAACCUCGCGCCGCUGGGAACCAGCUUCCAAAAUCCCCAACUGGUCGAUUUUAGCUUACAGAAACAAAGAGCCUACGACGCCGUUGCAGAUUUUGUUUUGGGCUGCCAGGCAAUUUCUGCUCCUCUCGCUGAUGAGUGGGCCGAAUUGCGUGGCGAUUCUCUCGAUGACCGGUUCACUGCUGUGAAAGGCAUCGCUAGACAAUUGGAGAAUUACAUCUCACAAAUUGGCUUCUCGCUGUCGUUGCUCCUUGAACAGAUUCCCACGGAGCCCACAUCCAUUCUCCGGAGUGACAGUCGCCUGGAUGAGGUAGAUGAGUCGUUCAGCGGCAACCACAGCCGUACGGAAUCCUCCGUGACCAAGGUUGGCGAAGAGUCAAUCGGCAUACCUUCUUCCUAUGCCGUGGAUGAUGACUCCCAGAAGGUGCGACGUAACAUGGACAAGGCUCAAAGGUUCUUUGGCCAGGCGCCUCCUUCAUCCAUCACCCGCGAGCCGGUUCAGGAGCCAGUUCGGGAGCCCGAAGAGACACCUUGGUUCCUGAAGAUGGAUCACGAAGGCGAAGUGUUCUACGAUAACAAGGGCGAUACUCCUGUCCUAAAAUGUGGAACACUGGCUGGGCUGGUUGAACAACUUACACGUCAUGACAAGCUCGAUGCCUCAUUCAACAAUACCUUCCUCCUUACCUACCGCUCCUUUACCACUGCCUCGGAACUUUUCGAGAUGCUCGUCCAACGUUUCAACACUCAGCCUCCGUUCGGCCUGAGCCAAGACGACAUGCAAAUGUGGACCGAUCGCAAACAGAAGCUUAUCCGAUUCCGGGUUGUCAAUAUCCUUAAGAGUUGGUUCGACCAAUUCUGGAUGGAGCCCAACGAUGAGACGAAUAUGGAUCUCCUGCGGCGAGUCCACGCUUUCACCAAGGAUUCUAUUGCAACCACAAAGACCCCUGGCUCCCCUACCCUGCUUGCUGUCAUUGAGCAACGACUUCGAGGUCAAGACAUUUCGGUCAAGCGCCUUGUUCCAACCCAAAGCACUGCUGCGCCGCCGCCGAUCAUUCCAAAGAAUAUGAAGAAGCUCAAGUUCCUCGACAUUGAUCCAACGGAGUUUGCCAGGCAGCUGACGAUCAUCGAGUCACGUCUGUACUCCAAGAUCCGCCCGACUGAGUGCUUAAACAAGACAUGGCAGAAGAAGGUUGGCCCGGAUGAACCAGAACCAGCCUCGAACGUCAAGGCCUUGAUUCUGCAUUCGAAUCAGUUGACCAACUGGGUCGCCGAGAUGAUUCUGACGCAGGGAGACGUCAAGAAGCGUGUGGUAGUCAUUAAGCACUUUGUGAAUGUGGCUGAAAGGUGUCGCACUUUGAACAACUACUCGACUUUGACAUCUAUCAUCUCUGCGCUUGGAACUGCACCCAUUCAUCGCCUUGGCCGGACAUGGGGACAGGUCAGCGGUCGCACAUCCACCAUUUUGGAACAGAUGCGCCGGCUCAUGGCCAGCACGAAGAACUUUAACGAUUAUCGCGAGACAUUGCAUUCUGCCAAUCCGCCUUGUAUUCCUUUCUUUGGUGUCUAUCUUACCGACUUGACUUUUAUCGAGGACGGUAUUCCGUCUCUGACACCAUCGGAGCUGAUCAACUUCAACAAGCGAGCGAAGACCGCCGAAGUAAUUCGCGACAUCCAGCAGUACCAGAAUGUGCCGUAUCUGCUCCAACCGGUCCCCGAACUCCAGGAUUACCUUCUCAGUAACCUCCAAGCCGCUGGCGAUGUGCACGACAUGUACGACCGAAGUCUGGAAAUCGAGCCUCGGGAACGAGAGGAUGAAAAGAUUGCGAGGUAUGCUGAAAACGCGAGCAGAGACAAGAACUCCCUACUUUUUGCAAGCACCGUCGCGGUUCUGCGGUGA